GGCUUCAGGCGGCCACAGGGCAGAGGGUGGAUUUCUGAACCUCGCCAAACAAGUCCAGCUAGUCGGGGUUAAUGAUUGGCUGCAGAGACAACCAUGGCGGUGCUCAAGAUCGUCGCACCUGUCCUUGUCGCUGUCCUCACUUUCUAUGCCUAUACCUGGGAAAGCUUCUCUGAAGAAAUGGUGCGAGGGAAACGGAUCCUGGUGACGGGGUCAAGCUCAGGGAUAGGAGAACAAAUGGCCUACGAGUUCGCACGGAUGGGGGCCCAUUUGAUGCUGACAGCGAGGAACGAGACACGCCUCCAGAAGGUAGUCCAGAAGUGUCUUAAACUGGGAGCCGCCUCUGCUUCGUACGUCGCUUCAGAUAUGAGUGACUUGGCUUCUGCCCGGAAUGUUGUGGAAGAAACCAGGAACGUCUUGGGGGGGCUUGAUCUGCUGGUUCUGAAUCAUGUCGGUGGAAAAAUCAGUUUUGGCCCGUACCAAGGAGACAUGGAAUCUGUGAUCAGCUCCAUGACAGUCAACUUCUUCAGCUACAUCCAGGUCACCGUGUCGGCCCUGAGCAUGUUGCAAGAGUCCCGUGGCAACAUCAUUGUGGUAUCCUCCAUGGCUGGCCGCAUUCCAGCCCCUUUCUCCGUUCCAUAUGCCGCCAGCAAAGCUGCGCUGGAAGGAUUCUACAGCUCCUUGCGGACAGAGCUGCGCCUUCGGGAAAUCAACAUGCCUAUCACGGUUGCCGUGUUGGGGUACAUUGACACAGACACAGCUGUGAGGUCGGUAGAAGGCAAGAUCUCUAUGAAGGCAAGUUCAAAAGAGCUCUGCGCCCAGGCAGUCGUGAGGGGCGGCGUCAUGAGGGUGAGAGAAGUUUUCUAUCCUUACUGGGGCACGAAACCUGUGCUGCUCUUCAGAGAUUGGCUGCCAGGAGUCUUGGACCAGAUCAUUGGCAACGGCUACUUUCUGGAGAAAAUCCUCUGAGAAUUAUUUGUGGGAUGAACGGAAAAGCUACGAGUUUCAGUGCUGCAAAACAUCGGGGGCUGCUUCCCGAUGCAUUCUCUCUCUUUCUCUCUUGAAAACUCGCCAGCGUUUUAAGUGCAAAUCUCUCCUAAUAAACACAUUUGUGUGUGUGUGCAGUUCUAACUAACAUACACAUUUCCCCUAAUAUAUGCAUGCAUUUUUAUGGUCUUCCAAUUUCUUUUGCUUAACCAAACGACAUAUGGUUUCAGGGAAGAGACAAUCCCAAACUUAUCUGGAGAUUCCAGGGAUUGGACUUGGGAACUUUGGUGCGCAAAGCUCUACCACUGAGCUAUGCCCCUCCCCAAAAAUGAAGUAAGAUCCUAGUCCUCAUUGUUCUAAAGAAGUAGCAGAUUGGCUUCCGGUUCGUCGCGCCGUCGAAGAAGGACGCAGGGACUUCGCGCUCCGAAGUCCCUGGCCUCGCGGAGGGGGGGGAGUCCGCAGAGCGAGCGGACUCCCCGUAGAAACACCGGGUAGAGCGUCCCGGUGACUUACGCACCCAGCGGCUGCUCCGUUUUGCGAAUCCUCUGCUGCCUGAGAGCUCAGUAGAGCGAUCGAGAGCCAGCGGAGUGGAAUUGCGGGAGCCAUUUUGGGUUACAUCUUACCUCCUAGAAGCGAAGCUCCGAGUCCUUACCCGGCAAGCGGCGGAUUCUUCCAAGAAAAUAAAAGAUUUUUAGAAAGUAAGUGAAAUUUCCAUUUGGACUUUAAAAAAUUUAAUCUGGAAAAUAGGGAGAGAUUUUAAAAAACGGAAGUCGAUCUCUUCCUAAUGGCUAAUCAGGAGGCGCAUUAAAUAUUCCCAAGCCGAAGGGGGAAAAGUUUUCUGGACUGUGGAUCCGAGAGAAAGACUUUUUUGAGGCUCAGCAUUAAUAAGGGGAAAGUGUUUUGACAGCUGUCAAAAGCUGUCAAGCUGUCAAAAGAUCAAGAAAAUUCAUUAUAUUGACCGUGGAUGGCAAAAUUUAUGUGAAGAUGAGACAGAAGUAAGCUAUUGGAAUUAUGACUUGAGUGGAUUUGUGAUGGACUUAAAGACAAAGGAGAAGAUCAGCCAAGAUGGAGGCGGCCGUGCUGUAGGAAGGAAUUUUCCAGCACCCUUUGUCCCCUAUCUUCUGCCUGCCUGUGGUUAAGAGAAGUAUGAAAACAAAGUACUCUCGAGCUUUCCAGGAGGCUGUGCUGAACUAUCUACAAAUAUGGGAGGAUAUAUACAAGGAACGGCUACAUUUUAAUUCAUCAUCCUUGGAGAUUGAGGUUCAAGAUCAGGACACAGAGGAUAAUUUUGAUUUUGAGACUGGGUGUGAGGAGCAACAAUUUGAGGAAAAUGACUUGGACCAUAAAAAAUUUCUCCUGGACGAGGUAAAACAAGGACUGGAAAAGGAAUAAGAGGCCGACAAUGAGAACCAAAGUGAAAUGAACAUUAACGAAAAUGAGGAGCCUGGAGAGACUGAAAUGU